AUGCCCUUAAGGGCACCACCAACACCUGGAAUUUGUCAGCUUCCGGUCUACUCAACCCCAGGGUCAGCGUUAGCGGACAUGGAUGACCCCUUCUCCCGUCUCCCUAACGAAAUGAUUCUUCACAUUUUCUCCUUCCUCGACGCCGACCAGUUACUUGCUUGCGGUCAAGUCUGUCGCCGAUGGAGACGCCUUUCUCAUGAUUGGCGUCUCUGGCAGGUCAAGCUCUUUGAAACCCGUUGGUGCACUAUUGUGUGUCCUGAACCUCCUCAUCAGGAUAUGCCCAUUCCUCUUCCCAAUAGUCCUCUUCAUGACCCCUGUUCUAUUCACCCACGGACUGUUUAUCGCUUUCUCAGUCAAUACAUCCCCAAAUGUGAUGGCGGAGGUGAAGACAUUGCAGAACUUGAAUCGGAUUCUCUCCUACUUUCAUCUCCCAGCUCUGACAACAAUUUAACCUGCAACUUUGCUGCUUUCGUACAUUCCAUAAUUGAUCAUGUGCGUGGACUUCUUCCCCCUCGCAAUCCCACCGCCACUAAUACUGCACUAGCUAGUGCUUCGGCUAACAGACCAAGAUUUGCUCUCUUCGGCCCUGGGCUAGAUCAUCGUUGGACCUCGCGUCUUUUCUGGAAGAUGGUGGACACUCGAACUCGAUCCUUUGAGCCAAUAGAUGUCUUUACUGGCCAUAUGGGGUUUGGAUCAGGGAUUACACUGAGACUUUUCGCUCAAGCACAGCAUGCUGUUAUGGAUGGUUCAACAAGGUGUUCUAGAAAGGUCUCCUGUGAUUCUGCGAAGCCUGCAAAUACCUCAACCCAUAGCAGAUUCACUUCAUGUUUCUCAGUACCACCAACUACUCCGCCUUUGCGACCAUUUGGAGAUUCGACAGAUCCUCCUCUUCUCCAUCACUCCACAGCGUAUCCCUGUCAAUGUCAUCAGCAUAAAGACUUUACUUUCGAUCUUUCCUAUCUCUAUUCUCUUCCUCCACAUCUGAAGCAUAUUUUCAAUGAUCAGUACACUCGUCUUCGAGUUAGUCCUCUCUUUGUUCAUUCGGAUGAUUUGGAGGAUCAGGAACAGUCUAAUCAGGAAGUCCCUUCAGAGCAUUUGCUUUCCAAUCUCGGUGUUACUAACGAAAUGAGGGAUAUUUGCCUAACGUUGGACGGUCUUAUUUAUGCUAUUGAUGCAAGGGAGGCUCCAGAGCAGUUGGCCCUACUUUACUACGAACUAAGAGCUGUUCUUCGUGCUUUCCCGGAACGCACUGCUCGUAGGAUUCCUAUUGUAAUCCUUUAUAUAAUGCCAAAGGAGGAGAUCAAGUUUGAGAAACACGUUGAACCGUCAUCUUCUAGGGCAGUUCUUCGACCGGAAUUAGUUAAUCGCGACAGCUAUAGUGGAGCCGAAUAUACGGAAGCGUGGCACGAUUCAAUUCUCUUGGUGAUUUCCGCUUUGAAGCUGUUUGAAUUGCCAAAUCCCUGGAGACUACAAAAGUGCUCCAGUAAUGAUAUAAAGACCCUAAUUCAAAGCCUUAUGUGGUUGAACUUGAAGUAUCUACGUCCAGUAGCUGUGUCGACGUUACAUUGA